GACAGGUGGAGUGAGAAAGACUGAGGCAACCGGCCUGCGGCGCCCCUCCUCCGCCCGCUGAUUUUGCCCCGGUAGCUUCCGCAGAGUCGCUUUAGCUGCCGUUUUCUAGUCAAAAUGAGUUUCUACGGGUCUCAUCAGGCCCUGAACAUGGGCCGCAGGGUCGGAUCCAGAGGCGACUUGACCGGGACGGGGACCUACCAUUACGCACGGAGCGAGGUCCUACAUGGAGGUGGUAAUGGAUACGACCCCUACAUGGACGGACACAAAACCUACACCUUUACAAAGACCUCCAGAGGCGCCACGGUGAGCGGAGUGGCAGGCGGCAUGGUGAGCGGAAUGGGAGGCGGAAUGGUCAGCGGAAUGUCAGGCGGCAUGGUGAGCGGAAUGUCAGGCGGCAUGGUGAGCGGAAUGUCAGGCGGCAUGGUGAGCGGAAUGGGAGGCGGAAUGGCGAGCGGAAUGUCAGGCGGAAUGGUCAGCGGAGUGUCAGGCGGCAUGGUGAGCGGAGUGUCAGGCGGAAUGAGUAGCCUCAGUGCCCUCCACCAGAAGGCAGCGGUCCUGCAAGCUCAGUGCCAGGAGUACCUGAAGAAAGCCGAAUACGCCCUUCAGUCGGGCAGCUCUCCAAGUGAUGCAGAGCACUAUAUGGCUAUGGCCAAAGAGACCAUCGAACAGCUGAAGAGCUGUGCGAACAGCUUGAAUCAGCUGGGACAGCCGAAUGACAGCGUAGUCAGGACUUUGGAGAUGUGUAGAGACCGGCUCAGGGGCGUCCACAUGGCCAUCACAGGCACCAUGACCAGGAGGAGGAGCACCAGAGGGAGCUCUGGAGGCUGGGAGGAUGCUGGAAGGAGCUUCCACGAUGCUAUGGCCUGGAUUACGCAGCAUAAGCGUCUGAUUGAAACGGCUUCCUGGGGAGACGACCCUGCAGCCAUCGAGCAGCAGCUCAUUAGCCACCAGAUGUUUCACAAUUCCAUCCAGAGGAGCCACGAGGUGGACCGAGCCAGGGACGAACUGGUUAAGAGGGGAGACAAAGGACUUCUUCACGCUCUGGAACAGGAAUGGGACAAUCUGCAGCAAAUUUCAUUUGGUCGGACCCAGCAGCUGCGAGACCUCCAGCAGAUCAUUCAGGAAAUAUCUAAAGAGAUCAUGUGGGUGAACGACAGGGAAGAGGAGGAGCUGGUGUUUGACUGGGGAGACAAGAACAUCGACCAGUACAUCCCCAAGAAGCAGGAGAGCUACUCAAAGCUGAUGAGUGCCCUGGAGGACAAAGAGAAGGACCUGAAUAAACUGAAAGCCAAAGUGGAUACGCUUCUAAGCAGCGACCACCCGGCCUCAGACAAGAUCGAGGCUUACAGAGACACUCUGCAGACUCAGUGGAGUUGGCUCCUUCAGAUCACAAAAUGCAUUGAUGUUCAUCUGAAGGAAAAUGCGGCAUACAGCCAGUUCUUCAAAGAGGCCAAUGAGACGUACAGCGCCCUGCAGAAGGAGCAUGAGGCCAUUCGUAACAAGUUCAAAUGUGACAAGAACUCUUCUCUGGAGGGCCUGCAGGAGCUCCUCAAGGGACUGGAGACUGAGAAGGAGAAGAUUAUGGAAAAGAAGAGGCAGGUUCACCAUCUGAUGAACAAGUCAAAGAGGAUUGUAAGACUGAAACCCAGAAACCCAGAGGAGAAGAGCAGCAGCCCCGUCAUCGUCAAGGCUCUGUGUGACUUCAAACAAGACCAGAAGAUAAUCUGUAAGGACAACGAGGCCAUCCUGAAGGACAACAGUCAGCGCAGUAAGUGGCAGGUCACCGGCCCAGGAGGACUCGAUAUGUUGGUGCCGUCCGUGUGUCUGAUCAUACCACCACCCAAUACGCUCAGUGUCAGCCUGGCCCACAAGAACGAGCAGUACUACGAGGCCAUCAUGUCCAUAUGGAAUCAGCUGUACAUCAACGUCAAGAGUCUUAUCGCCUGGCAGUACUGUCUCCUGGAUAUCAAACGCAUCAACUCCCUCACCAUCUCCAUGCUGGCCAAGAUGCGUCCUGAAGAGUAUCGCCAAAUCAUCAAGAACCUGGAGACUCACUACGAGGAGUUCAAACUGUGCAGCCAUGGCUCCCAGAUGUUUGCUGACGAGGACAAGAGGAGCAUCGAGAAACAGUUCACCGGAGCCCAGGCCCUCUAUGAACAGCUGGUGGUGCAGCUGCCUGCUUACAUUGUUCAGCAGGAGCAAAUAGAAACACAGCAAGCAGCCGAGCAGCAACGCCAACAGCAGCUGAUAAUAAUACAGCAGCAGCAAGCUGCCGCCGAAGUGGAGGCCAGGAGAUUCGAAGAAGAACGGCUGAGAAAACGGACAAGGGAGGUGAAGAAAGAGGUAGUAAUUAAAGACCAGGUGAUCAAGAAGGACGUCGUGAAAGGGACCAGGACAGAGCCGGUGAAGAGGAAGGUGCUGGUGUCCUCUUCAUCCUCCCGCAGCUUAUCAGAGCUGCACAUGCUCAGACUGAGGCUGGAGGCCGCUGAGGGCUCGCUGAGUCAGCAUGUUCAUAUCUGCCUUGGAGACGAUGGGGUGCACGACUGUGGCCUGCGGAUCACACAGUUAGAGGCGGUGCAGCGUGACGUAGACUCGAUGCGUGAGGAGUACUUGCGUCUGAGGGAGCGUAUCCUCAAGGAGCUGGAGGGCAUGAAUGAUUCAGAUAAAGCCGAGUUCCUCCGCAGUGAGAUUGGAGUCAUCAACGAAAGACUGGGCAGUCUAGAGAGCGGCUCUUCAGCUUACCUGCAGAGGUUGCGGGCUCUAAGGGACUUGCUGGAGAGUGUGGCACGAGCUGAGGACAUAGUGAAAGUUCAUGAAGCGAGACUGACAGAGAAGGAGACCACUUCUCUGUCGCCCAGUGAAGUGGAGGACUAUAUGCUGACCCUGAAGAAUAUUAAAGCUGAGUUGGAUCAGAAGAAGGAUAUUCUCGCCUCCAUGGAGGCAGAGUUGGCCAAUGUGAGCCACUGGAACAACCAGGUGGGCGGACCCUUCCACAGGUGUGACAUGAUGCUGUCAAAAUACACAGAGCAAGUGGGACUGCUGUCAGACCGCUGGAGACGCAUCCAUGGACAGAUUGGCACCAGACUCCAGGAUCUGCAGCUGUAUCUGCCUCAGCUGCAACACUACAAGCAAACCAGCACCUCCCUUACUAACUGGAUUGAUGUCACACGAAAAAAACAGGACACCCUACAGACCACCAAGAUAGAGAACGUCCAAACACUAAAAGACCACAUUAACAACCAAAAGACAUUGAACACAGAAAUCAAAGCAAAGAGGGAGACAGUCGAGAGUGUGCUGAAGGACAGUGAGGCCUGUGUGAACUCCAUCAAGGACUAUGAAACAGACCUUGCCUCUUACACAGCUGGUUUAGAGACUUUGCUCAACAUCCCCAUCAAGAGGACGAUGCUGAAGUCCCCGUCAAUGGAUCUUAAUCAGGAGGCUGUAGAACUACAGACCCGUUACAUGGAGCUGCUUACCCUGUCUGGUGACUACUACAAAUUCCUGGGAGAGUUGCUCAAAAACAUGGAGGAGCUCAAGAUUCGUAACACCAGGAUUGACCUGUUAGAAGAGGAGCUUCGCCUGCUGAGGGAGGACAUCCAAGACCGCAACGCCAAGAACAAAGCUCUGGAAGACGCUGUUGCCGGGUACCAGCUGGAGCUGUCCCAGUCCCAGGACCAGCUGCUGUCGAUGGAGGAGGUGAAGCGAAACACGGCCCUGCAGUGUAGUGCCACCAAGGAAAGCCUCGAUACCACUCAGAGCCACCUGUCAGACCUCAGCGAUCAGGUGACACGACUCAACUACUUGCUUGAGGAAGAGAAGAGGAAGAGGAGGCUGGCAGAGGAGCGCUAUACUCAGCAGCAGGAGGAGUAUGAGUCUGUGCUGAGGAAGAGGCAGGCGGAGCUGGAGACGGUCAGCUGGUCCAAGAUGGAGGUGGAGAAGACUGUGGCCAGUAAGGAUCACGAAAUCGAACAGCUACGGCGGCAGCUCGCUGAAGAAGCAGCAAGGCUUAAGGAGCUACAGAAGGAAAUAUCAAAGGUAAGGAGUCAAUGUAACGCGGAGAUCAGUAAUUUAAAGCUAAGCUACGAAUCCCAGAUCCACGUCAGUCGCACAGACAUGGAGAGACUGGCGGCCCAGAGGGACGAGGAUACAGCUGAGCUCCAGCUGCAGUAUGACAAGAUGGAGGCAGAGAGGAGGAAUUUGGAGGAGGAGCUCAGGAGGCUCAGGGUGUCUAUCAGCCAGGCUGAGGAACAAAAAAAGAGGGCAGAGGAGGACGCUUACAGUCAGCGUGCCAUCAUCACAGAAGAAGGGCGCAGGAGGAGAGAGCUGGAGGGUCAGGUGGAGGUGCUGAUGAGGCAGAGAGACCAGGAAAGCAGCCAGUAUAGCGAGGAUCUAGCUGAGGUCAUGAAUGCCCUGCAGGAGAAGAGUCAACAGCUGGCCUAUGUCACACAUAGUCUAGAGGAGGAGACCCGCAGGAGAAAAACCACAGAGGAGGGGCAGGCUGUGCUUGAGCAGACUCUGGCCCAGCUGCAGGUGAAGCUAACUAAUUCAUCAAUGGCGGCGACUCAGCUGAGGGAGUGUGAGGAGGAGCUUCAGAAGAUGCGUUUAGAGCUGGAGAGGGAGAGCAGGGAGCGAAGCAGAGUAGAACAAAACAUGAGCAGGUUACAGGGACGCAUCAAGGACCUUCAGACUGUGAGGGAUGGGCUUGAGGACCAGGUGGAGAAUCUGAGGAAGGUUAACCAAGAGGAAGUGGCCAGAAGAAGGCAGGCAGAAACAGAGCUGGAAAAGACCACUGCAACCAUGACAGAGCACACAAACACCAUUACUGCACUUCGCCAGAACCAAGAAGAAGCCAGCACAUCAGGGAAGAUAGGUGAAGAAGUGCGGCUUAGGUUACAGGAGGAACUGGAGAGAAGCUUGAGACAAAAUAAGACCUCUGCAGAGCAAAUGACACAGCUGAGUGCCGAGCUGCAGGCUCUGCAGCAACAGCUACUCCAGGAGCAGACCCGAGUCAAAGAGGCAAACCUCAGGAAUGAGGGUCUUUACAGAACCUUAGAGGAAAAGAGUAAAGCCCUGAAUGAGAACUCUGCUGAACUUCAAAGGCUGAAGGAGAUGACAGAAACCCAAACCAAAGAGAGACUAAAGCUGGAGGAGGAUAUAAGGGCAGCACGACAUGAUAAAGAGGAACUCUUGAGAUCCAGACAGAGAAAUGAUGAUGAGCUCUCCUCCCAGAUAACUGCCCUGGAGCUACAGCUGCAGGCCAGUGAGCGCAGCAAUGUAGAGUACCGCAACCUGGUCUCAGAGCUCUCCUCUGAGAGCGAGAAACUCAAGCUGGAGACUGAGAGAAUACAAAAGCAGGCCACCGAGACAACAGCCAUGAUGCAAUCCAUUCAGUCCCAGUACAGUGAGAUUUUAAAGGAGAGAGAUGCUCUAUUGCUGAAAUUGCAGUUUUUAGAGCAGGACAAAGAUCGCGUCCAAAUGCUAGAGGAGGACCUCAGUCGCAUUAAACUGUCCCUAGAUUCUGAGCUUCGCAAUAAACAACGUCUGCAGGAGGAGAAUGAGAGGGUAAAGAGGGAUUUAAGUCACUGGAAGGACCAACAUGAUAGCAAGCAGAGCCUGAUUAGGCAGUAUGACAAUGACAAGGAGCGCCUGGAGAGGGAGAAGAACUCUUUGAAAAGUGAGAUAGAGAGGCUGAUGAGGGAACUCAGGGAGCUGGAGGAGACAUAUAAAAGUAGGCUGUCAGCCAUCCAGAAAGAGCUGCAAGAGGUGACCAUCGUUAGACAAAACAUGGAGUCUGAGCUGAAGAGAGUUAGAGAGCCCCCAACUUUGGAUGCCUCCUCUGUGAUUUUUGAUGGAGUCCGCAAGCCAGUCACAGCAAACCAGCUGCUUGACUGCGGUGUACUGGACAAACCAACAUUCAGCCAACUUGUGAAGGGGCAUAAGACUGUCUCUGAAGUGUCUGUCGACAAAAAGGUCAGUCUAAAAGGGACAGGCCCAAUUGCUGGGGUGGUAAUUGAAGGUCCAAAAAGUCCAGGGUCCAUUAUUGGACCGCUAUGCAAACUGACAUUCACAGAAGCCAAGAAAGAGAAUCUCCUGCCACCAGAUAGCGUUGACCUGCUAUUGGAUGCUCAGGCUGCCACAGGCCACAUCAUUGACCCAAGAACUAAUCAGAAAUUGACAGUUGAAGACGCAUGUAAUCAAGGUGUAGUUGAUGAGGAGGACAGAGAGAGGUUGCUAGCAGCAGAAGCUGCAGCUGUGGGAUAUAGUGGUCCUGGCAAAAACAAACCCCUUUCAGUAUUUCAGGCUAUGAAGAAAGGACUGAUCGACAAAAACACAACACUGCGCCUGCUACAAGCCCAGGAGUCUGUGGGAGGCAUUCUAGAUCCGGUACUCAGUGUGUUCCUUCCCAAAGAUACAGCCAUGGAGCGUGAUCUAAUUGAUGAUGACAUGUAUCGCGCUUUGAAUAAGAGGCCAGAGCUCUACCUGGACCCAGAAAGUGAGGAAGGUGUAACUUAUAUGUCAAUGAAGCGGAGAUGUAAGGUAGAGCCACACACAGGCCUUCUGCUUCUUCCUGUCUCCGAGAGGACAGACCCCUCCAAACUUGUCUUUGAUGGUGUUCGGAAACCAGUCACAGCCAACCAACUGCUUGAUUGUGGUGUCCUGGACAAACCAACAUUUAAAGAUCUAGAAAAGGGAAGGAAAACUGUCCCAGAGGUGUCUGUAGACAAAAAUGUUAAUCUGAAGGGGACUGGACCCAUUGCUGGGGUUAUAGCAGGGAGUCAAGGAAAAAUGUCUUUGUCAGAAGCCAAGAAACAGAAGCUUCUGCCUGAUGACUGCGCAGAUUUGCUGCUGGAAGCUCAGGCUGCCACAGGCCACAUCAUUGACCCCAGAAACAACCAUAAGCUCACUGUAGAGGAAGCAUGUGCCAGAGGAGUGGUGGACAAUAGAGACCGUGACAAUUUAUUAGCAGCAGAGGCUGCUGCUGUAGGAUACAAGGAUCCUAGUGCAGGAAAGCCUCUCUCAGUGUUUGAAGCCAUGAAGAAGGGAUUCAUUGACAGGAAGACUGGGCUAUGCCUCUUGCAGGCCCAGGAGUCAGCGGGAGGAAUUCUAGAUCCCAAUCUCAGUGUCUUCCUACCAAAAGACACAGCUAUCAAGCGCAACCUUUUGGAUGAAAACUUACGUCAUGCUCUAAACCAGAGUCCUGCUUGUUACCUUGACCCAGAAACUGAGCAUGAUGUCAGCUAUGGGGCUUUGAAGAAAAGAUGCAAGACAGAACCACACACAGGCCUACUACUUCUGCCCAUCACUGAGAAGCUAGACCCUUCCAAACUUGUCUUUGAUGGUGUACGUAAACCAGUAACAGCACAACAGCUGCUUGAUUGUGAGGUCCUGGACAAACCAACAUUCAACCAGCUAGUUAAGGGGGAGAAGAUUGUCCCAGAGGUGUCUGUGGAAAAGAGAGUCUUUCUGAAGGGGACAGGGUCAAUUGCAGGUGUUGCAGCUGGACCUUCAGGGAAAAUGUCUUUAUCAGAAGCCAAGAAACAGAUGCUCAUGCCCCCAGAUAGUGCAGAUUUGCUAUUGGAUGCUCAGGCAGCUACAGGCCACAUCAUUGACCCCACAACCAAUCAGAAGCUCACAGUGGAGGAAGCAUGUGCCAGAGGAGUGGUGGACAUUAGGGAUCGUGACAGACUCUUGGCAGCAGAAGCUGCUGCUGUGGGCUACCGCGAUCCUAGCACAGCUAAGCCUGUUUCAGUGUUUGAGGCAGUGAAGAAGGGAUUAAUUGACAACGAGACUGGGCUACGCCUCUUGCAGGCCCAGGAGUCUGCAGGGGGCAUUCUAGAUCCCAACCUCAGUGUGUUUCUCCCUAAAGAAACAGCUAUAAAGCACAACCUUUUGGAUGAAAACCUCAGUCGUGCUCUAAACCAGAGUCCUGCUUGUUACCUUGACCCAGAAACUGAGCAUGAUGUCAGCUAUGGGGCUUUGAAGAAAAGAUGCAAGACAGAACCACACACAGGCCUACUACUUCUACCAAUCACUGAGAAACUAGACCCUUCCAAACUCAUCUUUGAUGGUGUACGUAAACCAGUAACAGCACAACAGCUGCUUGAUUGUGAGGUCCUGGACAAACCAACAUUCAACCAGCUAGUAAAGGGGGAGAAGACUGUCCCAGAGGUGUCUGUGGAUAAGAGAGUCUUUCUGAAGGGGACAGGGUCAAUUGCAGGUGUUGCAGCUGGACCUUCAGGGAAAAUGUCUUUAUCAGAAGCCAAGAAACAGAUGCUCAUGCCCCCAGAUAGUGCAGAUUUGCUAAUGGAUGCUCAGGCAGCUACAGGCCACAUCAUUGACCCCACAACCAAUCAGAAGCUCACAGUGGAGGAAGCAUGUGCCAGAGGAGUGGUGGACAUUAGGGAUCGUGACAGACUCUUGGCAGCAGAAGCUGCUGCUGUGGGCUACCGUGAUCCUAGCACAGCUAAGCCUAUUUCAGUGUUUGAGGCAGUGAAGAAGGGAUUAAUUGACAACGAGACUGGGCUACGUCUCUUGCAGGCCCAGGAGUCUGCAGGGGGCAUUCUAGAUCCCAACCUCAGUGUGUUUCUCCCUAAAGAAACAGCUAUAAAGCGCAACCUUUUGGAUGAAAACCUCAGUCGUGCUCUAAACCAGAGUCCUGCUUGUUAUCUUGACCCAGAAACUGAGCAUGAUGUCAGCUAUGGGGCUUUGAAGAAAAGAUGCAAGACAGAACCACACACAGGCCUACUACUUCUACCAAUCACUGAGAAACUAGACCCUUCCAAACUCAUCUUUGAUGGUGUACGUAAACCAGUAACAGCACAACAGCUGCUUGAUUGUGAGGUCCUGGACAAACCAACAUUCAACCAGCUAGUAAAGGGGGAGAAGACUGUUCCAGAGGUGUCUGUGGAUAAGAAGGUCUUUCUGAAGGGGACAGGGUCAAUUGCAGGUGUUGCAGCUGGACCUUCAGGGAAAAUGUCUUUAUCAGAGGCCAAGAAACAGAUGUUCAUGCCCCCAGAUAGUGCAGAUUUGCUACUGGAUGCUCAGGCAGCUACAGGCCACAUCAUUGACCCCACAACCAAUCAGAAGCUCACAGUGGAGGAAGCAUGUGCCAGAGGAGUGGUGGACAAUAGGGAUCGUGAUAGACUCUUGGCAGCAGAGGCUGCUGCUGUGGGCUACCGCGAUCCUAGCACAGCUAAGCCUAUUUCAGUGUUUGAAGCAAUGAAGAAGGGAUUAAUUGACAGGAAGACCGGGCUACGUCUCUUGCAGGCCCAGGAGUCUGCAGGGGGCAUUCUAGACCCCAACCUCAGUGUGUUUCUCCCUAAAGAAAUAGCUAUAAAGCGCAACCUUUUGGAUGAAGACCUUUGUUAUGCACUAAACCAGAGUCCUGAGUAUUAUAUUAACCCAGACACUGAGCAUGAUACCAGCUAUGGGGCUUUGAAGAAAAGAUGCAAAACAGAGUCUCACACAGGCCUGAUACUUCUGCCAGUCACUGAAAGAAAGGACCCUUCCAAACUCAUGUUUGAAGGGGUCCGCAAACCAGUCUCAGCCCAGCAGUUGUUUGAAUGUGGAGUCCUUGACAAGCCAACAUUUAACCAGCUAGUGAAAGGGGAGAAAACUGUCCCAGCGGUGUCUGAGGAAAAGAUGGUCUACCUGAAGGGUACUGGGCCAAUUUCAGGGGUUGUACCUGGGUGUCAAGGAAAAAUGUCUUUGUCAGAAGCCAAGAAACAGAAGCUUCUUCCUGAUGAUUGUGCAGAUUUGCUGCUGGAAGCCCAGGCUGCCACAGGCUACAUCAUUGAUCCUAAAACUAACCAGAAGCUGACAGUAGAGGAGGCAUGUGCUAAAGGAGUGGUGGACAUUGGAGAUCGAGGCAGAUUAUUAGCAGCAGAGGCUGCUGCGGUGGGCUACAAGGAUCCUAGCACGGCCAAGCCUCUCUCAGUGUUUGAAGCCAUGAAGAAGGGACUAGUUGACAGGAAGAUUGGGCUACGCCUGUUGCAGGCCCAGGAGUCAGUGGGAGGAAUUCUCGAUCCCAAUCUCAGUGUCUUCCUACCAAAAGAGACAGCUAUUAAGCGCAACCUUUUGGAUGAAAACCUCCGUCAAACUCUAAACCAGAGUCCUGCUUGUUACCUUGACCCAGAAAAUGGGCAUGAUGUCAGCUAUGGGGCUUUGAAGGAAAGAUGCAAGACAGAACCACACACAGGCCUACAAGUUUUGCCUGUCUCUGAAAAGCUUGAUCCCUCCAAACUAUUCUUUGAUGGUGUCCGUAAAACAGUCACAGCACAGCAGUUGCUUGAAUGUGGGGUCGUAGACAAGCCAACAUUCAACCAACUAAUGAAGGGGGAGAAAACUGUCCCAGAGGUGUCCAUUGAUAAGAAGGUCUUUCUGAAGGGCACUGGGUCAAUUGCUGGUGUUGCAGCUGGACCUUUAAGAAAGAUGUCCCUUACAGAGGCAAAGAAACAGAAAAUGAUGUCUCCAAAGAGUGCUGACAUGCUACUUGCUGCUCAGGCAGCCAUAGGCCACAUCAUUGACCCCAGAACUAAUCAGAAACUGACAGUAAAAGAAGCAUGUGCCAGAGGAGUAGUGGAUAAAGACGAUGAAUCAAAGUUGUUUGCAGCUGAGGCUGCCGCUACAGGUUACAGAGACCCAAGUACUGCCAAGCUCCUAUCAGUUGGCCAGGCCAUGAGGAUGGGAUUAGUUGACAAGGACACUGCUAUACGUAUACUUCAGGCUCAAGAGUCUGUAGGAGGUAUCUUGGACCCUGUCCUCAGUGUAUUUCUACCCAAAGACAUUGCUAAGGAUCGGGAUCUCAUAGAUGACGACCUAUACCAGGCCCUGAACCAAUGUCCUGAGUGCUAUUUGGACCCAGAUACACAACAAGCAACUACCUAUGUAUCUUUGAAGAGAAAAUGUAAAGCUGAUCCAAGCACAGGUCUUUUGUUUCUCCCUGAACCUCAAAAGCCAUUAACUGUCCAGGGGCUUAGGGGAAAGGUGUCAGUCAUUGAUCUGGUGGAUGCAGACUUGCUGGAACAAUCUGAUAUGGAUCAACUGAAUGAGGGUAGAUUGACAAGCCAGGAUAUUGAAGACCGCCUGCACUCCUACCUGCGAGGUUCCACCUGCAUAGCAGGAGUCUAUGAUGAGGCCAGUGAUAAGGUGAUACCAAUCUAUCAUGCCAUGAAAGAUGGACUGUUGCGACGUGGGACCACUCUGGAACUGCUUGAGGCACAGGCUGCAUCAGGCUUUAUAGUUGAUCCUGUCAGCAACCUGCAUCUAACAGUUAGUGAUGCCUAUAAUAAAGGACUGUUUGGGCCUGAGUUUAAGGAACACCUGCUAGCAGCAGAGAGAGCUGUGACUGGUUAUAAAAUGCCUGGCACAGACAAGAUAAUCUCCCUCUUUCAGGCUAUAGAGAGAGGUUUAGUGGAGAAAGGCCAUGGCAUCCGUCUGCUAGAGGCCCAGAUUGCCAGUGGUGGGAUCAUUGAUCCUGAACAUGGACAUCGUAUUGAUGUGAAUGUAGCCUACAAGAGAGGUUACUUUGAUGAAAAAAUGAACAAGAUCCUUACUGAUGAGGAUGAUGAUACUAAAGGUUUCUUUGAUCCUAACACAGAGGAAAACCUAACUUAUCUGGAGCUUAAGAAACGCUGCAUCACAGAUAAGAAGACUGGUCUAACCCUUUUACCUAUCUUGGACAAGAAGAAGUUAGAGUCAACUCUGAAGAACACUCUGAGAAAGAGGAGAGUGAUAAUUGUGGACCCAGAAACUAAUAAAGAAAUGACAGUACGUGAAGCAUAUGACAAAGGGUAUAUUGACUAUGAAACUUUCCUGGAGCUGUCCCAGCAGGAGUGUGAGUGGGAGGAGAUCACUAUCACUGCCCCAGAUGGUGCUGUACGGUUUGUCAUCAUUGACAAGAAGACUGGACGACAGUACGACAUUACUGAGCUGCUUGAAAAGGGAGUAAUUGAUCAAUCAGUUCUAGAUCAGUACCGCUCACGUGCUAUCACCCUGACUCAAUUUGCAGAUAUCAUCACUAACAAGACCAAACAUGGAUUAUUGUCAUCAUCAUCAUCAUCAGUAUCAUCAACCACAAAGCCAUCUGCAGCCUCAGCUACAUCUUCAAUGACAUCAUCAUCAUCAUCAGUAUCAUCAACCACAAAGCCAUCUGCAGCCUCAGCUACAUCUUCAGUGACAUCAUCAUCAUCAACAUCAUCAUCAUUAUUUACUUCAAGAAUAUCAGCAUCCUCAAGCACAUCAUCAUCAACUCUAAGAACAUCAGAAGCAUCAGUCCCAUCGUUAGUUAUAUCAUCAUCAUCAGCCUUGUCAAGACCUCUAUCACCCACUCUUGCCAAGAUGACCACAACAAGAACUACCACAGUCACAGAGCGAAGCACCACAAUCAGCAGUACUGGUCGAGACUCACCUGACACCCUUAAGCGUAUAUCCAGUAUGUCCAUCACUCUGACAUCUCCUGCUGAGGCAGUUGGUGAACAGGAACCUGUGGGUGCCAUCUUUGACACAGAGACUGCAGAGAAGAUAUCCAUCAUGGAGGCUCUAAAUCGUGGCCUGGUGGAUUCCAUCACUUCCUGUAGACUGUUGGAGGCCCAAGCCUGCACUGGAGGAAUCGUACAUCCCGAAGAUGGCCGUAGGUAUGGCAUCCAACAGGCCUGCCGCAUGCAUAUAAUAAAUGAUGACAUGGUCUCUAAGCUCAAGGCUGCACAGAAAGCCUAUUUUGGCUUUGAAGAUGUAAAAACCAAGAAGAAGAUGUCUGCUUCUGAGGCCAUGAAGGAGAAGUGGUUGCCAUAUGAGGCGGGACAAAGAUUCAUGGAGUACCAGUAUGUAACAGGGGGGCUUUAUGACCCAGAAGCGGGCUGUAGAAGAUCUGUAGAAGAUGCGUUGAAAAUGGGCUGGCUGGAUGGGACAUCAGCCCAGAGGCUCCAAAACAUCAGACAAUACCCAAAGAACCUGACCUGCCCCAAGACCAAACUUAAGAUCUCUUACAAGGAGGCUCUGGAUAAUUGCCUGGUGGAGGAAGGUACUGGAGUGAAGAUGCUCCAGGCCUCAUCUGUGUCUUCCAGAGGGAUCAGCAGUCCAUACAACGUGUCCUCUGCCCCAGGAUCCACCACAGGCUCUAGGAGCGGCUCGCGUCGAAGCUCCCGCAGGAGCAGCGUGGACCUAGGAUCCCCCACCACCUCGUUAACUACUUAAUAACUACAGUUAUACUAGCUUCACCAGCUUCUCCUCCACAAAAUAAAUUAAGAAAAGGCCCUAAACAUGCAUGAAUCAGAUUUUGUUUGAAUAUUUUUAAUGUUUGGAAAAGAACUGUGUUUAAGAAAGUAUUGUGCAUGUUGUAUAUGAGGAGAAAAACUCAAGGUUAACAUUAACAUUAAAUUCUUUGCAUAGUCUUUGAUUUUAGGUAUGGUGUUGGUGGCUAUGCUUUUAAAAAGACUAGUUCAAAUGAUGAACACUACCAGAGUAUUUUUUGUGAGGAUGGACUUAAGUACUGUUCAGGUACUUGGUAUUUGGAUUGAAAAUGAAGUGCAUGAAAUAAUUGCUGGUGCUCCUAAUAUAGGUUUAGAAAUGAUAGCCAAACUCUUGCUUACAUAUAUUUCAAAUACAUUUUUUAGAAUCUAUACAGUACGUAAUUUCUUCAUCAGCUUAGCAAUGGUCACAUAAGGUUGGUACAUUUAUCAUGCGUGCCUAUUUUGUGUGGGGAGGGAUACAAGGUUGGGUUGGGUUAUUUUUUUACCAAAUCACUUGUUAACCAUCGGUUUCUUGCAAUGUAGUGCUUCCACUUCUAUAACUGUUUCUCAGUAUCUCAUAAUAAAAAAUAAUCUUUGAGUCAUUUGCUGUAAUUCAUGACACCUUAUUUAUGGUCAGUUUCAUACAUUUUAGGUAGUUGUAACAACACACAUUACAGUAUAAAAUGGCACUUACAUAUAUGGAGAUAUAUAUAAGGCAGGAGAAGAUUGAUACCUUUUUCAAAAGAAAUCCUGUAAGAGAAGUAGAAAGCUUAAUGUUGAAAAAAUG